CUCUCUCUCUCUCUCUCUCUCUCUCUCUCUCUCUCUCUCUUUCUCUCUCCCUUUUCUUUACGUUUCUAUUCCCUUACUCUCUCUCUUUUUUUUUACCCUGAGCUCAGUCAGUCAGUCACUCAGUCAGGGAGCAAAGAUCCGACAUCUAAAUCAACGACUCACAGCAGAAAAAGACCGUCCGUCGCACUUGAAGUCUACUACUACUACUACUACCACUACCAACCCUUUCUACUUGUACACAUCCCAAAAAACCGGUUUACAGCUCCUGGUCUAGGCAUGCAAAGCAUUACUCGUCCUACUACACCCUCCGUGGUUGUCACUCCGCCAGAUCUGGACACGCCUAACAACGUGGUGGUAUCCGUGAUAACAGCCAACAACAAGAGUGACAACACACGCGUCACCAGCGACGAUGAUGAUAUGGAUGACGAUUCCACUGUAGCAAAGUCUGUCUCUACUGUGGUCGUCGUUAAAACUGAUCCUGCACGACGACCAUCAUCUAAAAAUAACAAUAACAACAAUACAUCAGCAGCAGCAGCAUCAUCCUCAUCCUCAUCUAAUAACAACAACAAUAACAAUAGUAGCAGUAGUAGUAGUAGUAAUGAUUCUACCACUGCUGCUACCGUUUCAUUUCGAUACCCAUCCAAUACUGCAUUCACUACUACCAACAACACUCGAAAAGCCAUCCCACAGUUCUUUUUUCCUCAUGGCAAACCAAUAGCUUCUGAAGAACGAGACCGCAAAAACCGCAAAAUCAUGGCCAUCGUUCGCCACCUCUAUGGCGCCCAAUCCUGCUUGUUGGAAUCCCAUUUUGUGGCAAUCACCAGGACGUGUGGUUUGCCACGCUACAUGAAUAUUGCUCUGUUCCGAAGAAUCGACUCUAUGCACCAACGCGAUGAGCGAAUCACGCUGGAGCAAUUUGCACAUGGCUGGACCGAAUUAUCGCGGGAUCGAUACGACGAUGAAUCACUCUUUUUCAAUAUUCUGAGGAAACCGGGCUGUGCCUGGUUAUUACCAGAAGACUUUCUACCCGUGAUGGAGGAUAUUGUGCUUCAUCAUCCAGGAUUACGAUUUCUAGCUGAUAAUCCCAUGUUCCAAGAACGCUACAUUGAAACUGUGAUUUGUCGAUUAUACUAUGAAGCACGGUGUCCAAGCGGCAAAAUGACGCUGGCACAAUUCCGACGCAGUGACUUUGCGCACAUGAUCCAUACGCUCGGACCCAAUGUGGAUCUCAAUAGCACCCGUGAUUGCUUCUCGUACAAGCACUUUUAUGUACUCUACUGCAAAUUCUGGUCCCUCGACGACGAUCAUGACUUGAUCAUUUCGGAAGCCAACCUGGCCAAAUACAAUCAGGCCGCACUGACCCCGCGUGUAGUUCAUCGCAUCAUGCAGUGUGGCCGUAUUGCCGCGUUUGCUCGGGAUCAAAGCGGUGGGGCCGUGUGGGGUGAUGCCCCCACGUUGACCUAUCUUGAUUAUAUCUGGUUUCUAUUGUCAGAGGUUGACAAGAGCACUCCGAUGGCGAUCGAAUACUGGUUCCGAUGUAUGGAUACCGAUGGCGAUGGUGUGCUAUCUAGUUAUGAAUUGGCUCAGUUCUGGCAGGAGCAAGAAGCUAGACAACGGUUCUAUGGAGUGGCAGACGACGAUCAAAUUCAGUUUCAAAAUAUUCUCUGCCAAAUGAACGACCUGAUCCAACCUCAGGUACCCGGCCAAUUUAGGCUCCAUGACCUGAAACGAAACGGCUACCUUGCCGAACGUUUCUUUGACACCUUUUGCAAUUUUGAUCGCUUCCAGAUCCAUGAGUCCUACCAGGGAUCCAUCCGUGCCAAGCGGAAACAAGAGCAAGAUAAACGACGCCAACAACAGCAUUUAAUGGAAACUGGCAAUGGUUCAGAUGCAGCAGCAUCGUGUUCCUCUGUUGUUGAAGAUGAAAUUGCUGUUUUGGACGACAGUCUCGGCUAUUUCAUGAUUAGCGACUGGUGUGAAUACGCCGAAGCAGAAUAUCAGCAGUUAUUAUUAAGCGAGCGAAACGAUGUUGUUUGGGACGAUGACGAUGAUGAUGAUGAUGAUGAUGAAGACGAGGACGAAGAAGAAGAAGAUGUUGGCUAUCUCGGUGAAGAAGAUGACGAAGAUGAAGAAGCAGUAGUGUCCUCAGAAGAGGAGAGUUUGUCUCCUGCAGUGGCUGCUAUUGCUGCUGUGGUCAUGUCAACUGUGUCAGAAGCCGAGAAAGAGCGAAUCGUUUCCAAAGCAGUAGUACACGAUGAAGGUGAUGAAGGCAACAAGGACGAAGAGGAGGAGGAUGAUGAUGAUGCAGUGAACCCUGGAGAAUCAAGCGGUACAAGUGACCAUGAUAGCGACACAAGCGCCCCGACGACGCCCACCAAGGAUCCGACACCUGCGCCACCGAGUUGGUCGACUGCAGUGGCCAAUACGACUACAGCAACAACGACGGCAGCGACCACAGAAGCUGUGGUUCAUGUCAAACACAACGACGUGCAUCGUCAUCACCACCAGCCUUGGCUCUGGCAGCCCCACGGUGAAGACGAGCAUGACGAUGAUGAAGAAGAAGAACGUGAAGACCGAGCAGCCGAGUGGAUAUGGUGGCUUUCCAGACAGAGGUUAUCCGAGCCAUCCUCAUAGAAAAUGUUCGCAUGGUCCUCAGACUACAUUUGUUUUUAUUUUAUUUUUUUGAGCAGCUUCCCCCUUUUUUCUACAUUCUAGUAAUCUAUUAUACCUUUUUUUUCUUGUUUGUUAAUGUUGUUUAAUUUUUGUCAUUUCCAAGUAGUUUUACCCUCUCUCUACCCGAGUAAAGAUAAACGUGGACUCUUUCUCUUCAGUGAUACCACCACUCAAUUCCAUGUAUAACCCUUGAAAAG